AUUGAUGCCACUUCAAACACUUACGUGUUACAUAAGAACCUCAACUUGCUAAAAUUAUGUGAAUUAUGUCCGUUUUAAAAGCUUUGGAGAAUGAAGACAAUGCUAAAGCCCAGGUGCGGUCCAUUCUUGGACCGACAAAAGACGCAGAAUUCCUACAAAGUUUUGUUCGAGUAGGUAUUGGGGAUGAUGACGACGAUCUACCGAUCCAGAAAGCAUCCAUUAGCAAAAGAGCUCCUCCGUCUGCAGAAAAGGCUGAUUCUUUUGUCGAAGAUGAAAAAUUCUCUACAUCAGCUAGAAAGGAAUCUGUUAAGCCUGAAAAAAGAAGAUUCAGACGUAAGCCAAAGCGUGAAAGGCGACGUCGCGAGGAAGAAUUAUAUACGGACAAAGACAGGGCGGCGGCCGUUGUGAUGGGAUCUAAGGAUAUCAAGCUUUCCCUUAAUAUGAAAGAUAAAGCCGAAAGGAGUAAUGCUCUGCAAAUACCGGCUGAAGCUGACUCCGGUACUUUGCUAGCACUAGCGCGUGCAGAGAUGAUGAGAGAACGAUAUCGAACUGCUUUGACCUUCGUAGAUAAGGCGAUCGAGUUGGCACCAGAAGAGAAGGCUGCUUUUGUCGCUCGUAGCAAGUGCUACUUACUUCUUGGCGAACCGCGCAAAUCACUUCUCGACGCGGAAACUGCUUUGAAACUCGAUCCGAAACACGCAAAGGCUUUGCUUCAGAAAGCUGAAGCAUUGUACUAUUGCGGUGAGUUUGAGAUGAGUUUGGUACAUUAUCAUCGGGGGUUGCGCGCGCGACCAGAUUUGAACGACUUUAGGCUUGGGGUUCAAAAAGCCCAGGAGGCUAUCGAAAAUACCAUCGGUGCAGUCAAACCAGUAAAGAAAACCGCCAAAAAAACCGCUUCGAAGUCAUCGAGGCCAGUUUUGGGACAGCUGAUGUCAGAUAAGAUCUACCUUGAAAACUUGCUCAAGAACCCUGACUUGGCGAUAGCGGAUAAAAAGAAUAACAUCGUCAUGAAGCAAGCUGAGGAGGCAAUACGAUUUUUGGAGAACAGAGAAGAGUUUUGGAGGCAACAACAAACGGCGAAACGACACUAAAGCAUGAAAUUAAUUUUCAAUGUAUUCCAAUAUUAUUGUUAACUUCGAUUUGGUGUAAGA